AUGAAGAAGAACAAGGCCUCCACCUCCAGAAGGUCAGAGAUCCAGAACAUCUACCAGUGCUACUCCUCUGGAAGGAAUACUCUGGCCGCCUCCGCUCUCCUCAGGUUCCUACACAUGGAGCAGAUGGAGGCAGCAGCCAAUCAGGAGACAGCGGAGGGCUUGAUUGACAGAUAUGAGAUUGAGGAGACAGCUAGAGAGAACAGAAGCAUGACAUUCGAGGGAUUCUACAGAUACAUGGAGUCUAAAGACUGUAGUGUGUUUGACCAGAUACACACGUCUGUGUACCAGGAUAUGGACCAGCCUCUGUGUCACUACUUCAUCUCGUCUUCUCACAACACCUACCUCACUGGGGACCAGCUGGUCGGCAAGAGCACCCUGGACGCCUAUGUCAGUGCGCUGAGGAGAGGUUGUCGUUGUCUGGAGAUUGACUGCUGGGAUGGUCCUAGUGCAGAGCCUAUAGUCUACCAUGGUCACACUCUGACCAGCAAGAUCCUGUUCAAGGACGUCAUCACUACCGUGGAGCAGCAUGCCUUUGAGGUGUCUCCGUACCCAGUGAUCCUGUCCCUGGAGAAUCACUGUACCCCGACUCAGCAGGAUGUCAUGGCCCAGUACCUCACCUCCAUCCUGGGGGAAAAACUGCUGGCCACCAGCCUGGACCUCACCAAUCAGCCUGGACAACUACCCAGCCCCAACGAGCUGAAAUAUAAAAUCCUGAUUAAGAACAAAAAGCUCAGUCCUCAGAAGGACAGGAGGGAGAGAGACUCAGAGGGGGAAGACAGUGAGGAAGAGGAUGAAGAUGAUGAUGAGGAAGAGGAGCCUAAUCUCAAAACAAAGCACCAUUCCAAAUUGAAACGGAAGAAAGUAAUUGCGGAGUCUCUAUCUAACCUGGUGGUCUACACCAAGUCAGUGAAGUUCCACAGCUUCAGCCAUGCCAGAGAACACCAGCAGUACUAUGAGAAUACCUCACUGGGGGAGAAGAAGGCUCACAAGCUGGUCAAGACCUCAGCUCCAGAUUUCGUCCAGCACAACAUGGUGUUCAUCACCAGGAUUUACCCAGCAGCCUCUAGAACCCUGUCCUCCAACUACAACCCUCAGGGGUUCUGGAAUGUGGGCUCACAGAUGGUGGCUCUGAACUUCCAGUCGUUGGGCCUGCCCAUGGACCUGAACAACGGGCGUUUCCAGGACAACGGUGGCUGUGGUUACGUCCUCAAACCCCUCUUCCUCAGAACCAAUCAGUGGGGCUUUAAUCCAAACAGUUACCGUCACAACCUGAAGCCAGCACACCUACUGCUGAAGGUUAUCAGUGGCUCCAACCUGCCUGUUCCGCGGAGCGGCAAGUACCUGGACCCCUUCGUACGCGUGGAGAUCCACAGUGUCCACGCAGACUCCUGCAGGAGACACACAGACACUGUCAGACACAACUCUCUGAGCCCUCGUUGGGACUCAGCCAUGAACUUCACCAUCUCUGUCCCUGACCUCAGCCUCAUCCGCUUCACUGUAAGAGACCAGACAGGACUCACCUCUGAGUUUAUAGGACAGUACACCAUCCCCUUCAUCAGCAUGAAGAAAGGGUACCGCUGGGUUCCUCUCCUGUCUAGAGAGGGCUAUAGCCUGGAUCCAGCUUCUCUCUUCAUUUUCAUCUGGUACUCCUAG